AUGAAGGAACGGCAGAGGUGGCGACCUGAAGAGGAUGCUCUACUGCGUGCAUAUGUGAAGCAAUAUGGCCCAAGAGAAUGGCACCUUGUCUCAGAGCGGAUGAACGAGCCCCUAAACAGGGACGCUAAAUCCUGUUUGGAAAGGUGGAAGAACUAUCUUAAACCUGACAUCAAGAAAGGAUCUCUUACAGAAGAAGAGCAGCGUCUUGUUAUCCAUCUUCAGGCGAAGCACGGAAACAAGUGGAAGAAAAUCGCGGCUGAAGUUCCAGGGCGAACUGCCAAGAGACUUGGGAAGUGGUGGGAAGUUUUUAAAGAAAAACAGCAACGAGAACAAAAGGAGAAUAACAAGAUUAUAGAUCCACUUGAAGAGGGAAAAUACGACCAUAUUUUGGAGACAUUUGCCGAGAAGCUUGUGAAAGAGCGUUCUGGCCCAGGAAUCGUUAUGGCUACUUCAAAUGUGGGGUUUCUUCAUACAGAUGCUCGUGCCCCUUCUCCUCCAAUACUUCCUCCUUGGCUAGCUAGUUCUAGCACAAUCACAACUGUCGGGCCACCAUCCCCAUCGGUGACCUUAAGUCUCUCGACCUCAACGAUACCAUCUGCACACGCAAUUCCCUGGUUACAGCCCGAUAGAGGGCCUAAUAUUGUCCCUCACGGUCCAAGUAUUUUGCCAUCUCUAGGAAUUGCUCCUUUGGCCGGAGAGAACCAAUUGGUUUCUGAACUCUUGGACUGUUGUCGAGAACUGCAAGAAGGGCAUCGUGUUUUGGCGGCUCAUCAGAAAGAAACCGCCUGGAGAUUGAAAAGGGUGGAAUUGCAGUUAGAAUCAAAGAAAGCAUGCCGGAGGAGGGAGAAAAUGGAAGACAUAGAAGCAAAGAUAAGAGCUCUUAGAGAAGAGCAGAAGGCCGCUCUAGAUUACAUUGAAGCUGAAUAUAGGGAACAAUUAGCAGGCUUGAGGAGGGAAGCAGAAGCAAAAGAACAGAAACUGGCUGACCAGUGGGCUGCAAAGCAUUUUCGUCUAACAAAGUUUCUCAAUCAGAUGGGCGGUGGAUCAUAG